GAUUUCGGACUUACCGUUUGACCCAAUUGCGCAGGUGCCACGGGCCAAGCGGAAAGAGGUAAGAGCUGUGAGCCAAGUGUAGGCGAAUGCCAGCAACAGCUGCCGGUUUUAAAAAUUUCUCUGCGACAGCACAGACAGAGAAGGCAACAUUCAUAACGACAGAGUUGGCUAUAUACAUGGAAUAAGAGAGAAAGCGAGAAAGAGAGAGAGAGAGAGAGAGAACAUUCAGUUUCAGAUUCAGAGUCGCCUUCAAAGUCAAAGUCAGGGCUAAUUGAUUAGUCGCCGCAUGAACGCAAGUCGAGGCAGACGUCGUCAGUGAGUGCUCUUUGGAUUGGCUUCGAUUGGAUUGGCUUGGAUUGGACUCUUUAAGCUCUUUACACAGCUGAGCAAAGUUACGGAUUUACAUUUCAAUCACUUUUGUUUUUGGCAGAUAUAUAGAAAUGCCAUCAUCGCACGGAUUGGGUGCCCUGGUGCUGCUGAUGGCCACCACGAUGGGCAGCGGCGAGGCGCUGAGACGAAACUUUGAUGCCCGCCAGACGAACGUCAACUCGAACAUUCCGCUCUGGAAGCAACGCGCCUGCGAAAAGACGCAAAAGUACAAGAUGAACUCGCACUACACCUGCGACGAAAAGGGCGACGUGAAAUGCCUGCCUGGCUGGCAGGGCGAUCUCUGCCAGGUGCCCAUGUGCCGGCGGGGCUGCGAUCCCAUGAAUGGCUAUUGCCAGCGUCCCGGCGAGUGCCGCUGCCGGAUCGGCUACACCGGGGAGCAGUGCGACAAGUGCAUACCGCUGCCGGGCUGCCAGCACGGCACGUGCAACAAGCCGUUCGAGUGCAUCUGCAAGCCCGGCUGGGACGGCCUCUUCUGCACGGAACCCAGCUGCCGCAGCGGCUGCCACAGUACGCGGGGCUACUGCGAGGCGCCGGGUGAGUGUCGCUGCCGGAUCGGCUGGGCGGGCCGCAGCUGCAGCGAAUGCGCCACAAUGCCGGGCUGCCAGCACGGCACCUGCAACAAGCCGCUCGAGUGCAACUGCCAGCCGGGCUAUACGGGCCUGCUCUGCCAGACAGCGCUCUGCGCCUCCGACUGCAGCAAGCAGCAUGGCUAUUGCCGCAAGCCUGGCGAGUGUCGCUGCAAGGUGGGCUGGACGGGCGCGCAGUGCGACAAGUGCUUUCCCUAUCCCGGCUGCGUCAACGGCGACUGCGAGGCGCCCUGGGAGUGCAACUGCCGGCCCGGCUGGGGCGGCAUGCUCUGCGAUGAGAAGCUGAGCUACUGCCUCGACAAUCCGGACACCUGUGCAAAUGAUGGCAAAUGCAUCUCGCUGAGCCGCGAGGAUGGCAGCUACCGCUGCCAGUGCCGGCAGGGCUACCUGGGCAAGAACUGUGAGAUAUUGGACGAGUUUCUGCUCACCUCUGUGGCGCCACCGCGCAUUACGCCGCCGCCGCUUGAUGACAGCAGCAGCCAAUUGGAGCUGGCAACAAAGUUGCCAACACUGGGAUUAGGCGAGACCACAGCUGAACCAACAACAACGGCCAGGACAACAGCAAUGGGCGAGGGACUGGCAUUAGGACUGGGUUUGGUCGCACAGCCCGCUGCCACACGCGUUGCCAGCCACAAUGCGACUAAUGAAGCGUUAAGCGGCAUUGCAGAUGCUGACGAGGCGACAACAACGAGCCGUUCCGCGUACUCAACAACAUCCUCACCACUAACACAAGCUGAGGCUAAUGCAACAAGUGGUGCGCCAUCUCCAGCUCCAGCAGGGCCACAGCUCAGUGCACACGAGCAGCUGACGGCGGCGACGACGACGACGACAACGGCGCCCGUCAAAGCUGAUGAGGGGGACGAGGAUGAGGACGAGGAGGAUGAGGACGAGGACGAGGAUGAAGAUGAGGAGGAGGACGACGAGGAGGAUGGCGACGAUUACGAUGAUGAGGAUGAUGACAACGAUCAAAUCAUACCAAAUAUUAUUUGAGCAACGGCCUGACAAAUUGUCCGGCAUUUGUUUUUUGUUUUUUUCUUCGCCUUCUUUUUUUU